AUGUCCAAUACCAGCAGCCCGAAGAACCGGUCAUCCCGGUCUCCACGAUCGCCCCAGGAUCCGUCGAUAGCAGUCAACGAAAUAAUCGCAGUGGACGAGCCUCAAGAUGAGGAGGAAGACUUAACUUUGGGAUCUGACGCUGAGAGCUCGACGGCUUCCAUUUCAUCGAGCAUUCUGAAUUAUCGUACGAUCAAUGGCAGACGUUUCACAGUGAGAGAGGAAACGCAGCCUACUGGGGGUCGAACGAUGAGCGUCAAAGUGAUGCCAUGGAUAUCGCGUGAGUCACCACAUAUGGACACUCGCCCACGAUGGAGAACUAUACUUUGCGCCUCUGGAAGACAACAUACAGGAACUGGAACCGGUAUUUGGGCUAUUGACUUUGCGGACAAAUUCCCAGGCUGCGAGGUCAUUGGUACCGAUAUUUCACCCAUCCAGCCCGGCUGGGUCCCACCCAACUUGAAAUUCGAGAUUGAAGACUGUACCCAACAGUGGACCUUCCUAUCCGAGUCCUUCGAUUAUGUUCACCUUCGUUAUCUGGUCGGCUGUAUUCCAGACUGGACAGAACUUUUCAGCCAAGCAUACAAGACUCUCAGGCCAGGUGGCUGGGUUGAGAGCUUCGAAAUUUCCCCGACUGCAGAAAGCGACGAUGGUACUGUCGCAUAUGACUCUGCAAUGGCUCAAUGGGGAAGGAUUUUUAUCCAGGCUUCCGAGAAGAUCGGUAAUAGCUUUACCGUUGUCGACGAUAAAGUCCAGAGACCUGCUUUAGAAGAGGCGGGAUUCGUUGAUAUCCACGAGUGGGAGUUUAAGUGUCCCUUGAACCCGUGGCCCGCGGAUCCUAAGCUCAAGGAGAUUGGCCGGUUUGGAGAAGUUUUCCUCACACAGGAUACUGAAGGCUUUGUAACAUUGGCGGCCAAUCUAUUGGGCUGGUCGAUGGAAGAGGUCCAUGUGUAUAUCGCCAAGUUCCGACGUGAGGUUCGGAACCGGAAGCAUCAUGUUUACAUACGUCUCAGGGCUGUCUGGGCACGGAAGCCGGAAGCGAAAGAGGGUCCAACGCCUGCAUGA